AUGACAACAAGUUCAGCUUUGCAGACUUUACUUAAUUGGUCAAAAGAAAGUGGAGUUGUAUCUGAUGUAGAAGUUCAAGAAAUACCAGAUAAAGGCUUAGGUUUUGUCACUAAACAAGCUACAUUGUGUGACAACAAAGUGGUGGCAUUUAUUCCUUUCUCACUCACAAUCAGCAAAACAAAAAUAAACAGAUUUGCAAAAGAAAAGGCCCCAAAACUAGAUGAAACUAUUCAAUUGUUGAAAAAUAGUGGCCAAACAUUAACAGAACGAUUGGCAAUAAUAUUUUAUCUCCUGUAUGAACGAGUUGGACGGGCUGCUUCUGGUGACCCACCAUCUAUAUGGAAAGAAUAUGUGGACAUAUUACCACGUACAUUACACACCCCAUUAUUUUAUAAUGAGUCAUUGAAAACAUGUCUUAAUGGAACAAGUUUAAAAGCAGCAGUAGAGGCAAAACAUAAAAAGCUUGAACGAGAGUAUGCUUUGUUUCGUCCUUAUUUUAAUAAUUGGACAUUGUCAUUACAAAACAACAAUAACAAUAAUGUGGUAGUGGUGGAUUCAGCAGUGACAUUUGAGCAUUAUAAAUGGGCCGAUGGAAUUUUUUGGUCAAGGAUAUUAUCAUUUGGCAGUCGUUUUGAAUUUGCGCCAUUGGAUCAAACCCCUUAUAGAACAGAAUUGAUGGAUGAUUAUCAUCUAGUGCCAUAUCUUGAUUUUGCUAAUCACUCAUUAACACCAUGUGCUCGGUGGGAACUUACAACCGAAGGUGUGGAAUUGGUCUUAACAAAAUUAGAUUCAGAUGAGCAACUUUUGCCAGAAACAGAAAUUUGUAUUUCAUAUGGUGAUAAACCAAAUUCAGAAUUAUUAUUUAUUCAUGGUUUUACAUUAAGUGAUAAUCCAUGUUCUACUAUAUCUUUUAAUUUACCAUUUUAUGAAACGGAUGAAUUAAUACAGGCAAAACUGUUGUUCUUACAAGAUCAUGGUAUCAAACCUUUAGUAACUUUAAAACGAAAAAAAGGAGGAACAGAGUUAUCAGAAUAUUCCACGAAAGCUAUGUGGUUAUGUGUUUUGACUGAAGAUUAUGGUCUCAAAGUGUCAGAACCUUCAAUUGAUUCACCAACGAUUGAGCUAAUCAUAAAUGACAAGGUUAUUGAGAAUGCAGAGAUGCUUGAAAGCGUUAUUAAUGGGAUGGAUUUGUUACCAGUGAUUCAAUUCCGAGUAGCAGAUUUAAUUUUAGAUAAUGUGAUGAAUCUUUUAUCAAAUUUUAAACAGACAAAUGAAUUGGUUUUAAAGUCAAUGGAAAGUGGAAAAAAUAGUAGAGAACUUGCGUACAUUAAAAUUUAUAGAGAAGAUGAAUACAAGUUCCUGGAGUAUGCUGUUGAAGAUUUCACUAGCAAACGUGAAUCUUUAAUGAAUGAUGAAACAGUCCAACUGGAUCUGAAUAAAUGGAUAUUAAAACGUUUAUUUCAACCAAUAAGCCUUGAAAAUGACAAGAAUAUUCAAGUUUUACAUGUUUCAAAUUUACGUCUUGCUUCUUUGAUGCAAUCUCAAAAUGAAAGAAAAGUUAAAGAUAUUUAUACAUUAGACAAUUUACCUGAUCUUAAAGAAUCAGAUGAUAAAUGUUAUAGGUUGAUGCCACAUUCAUGUAUUGUCACUCUCGCGACAAAGUAUCGAAUGGUUUUUCUCUUGGAUGUAACAACAUCUUUAGCAACUAUAGAUUGUAACAAUACUCGAGAAAUAAUAAUAUCUGAAGUUAUGAAAACUGUACGACGAUGUCUUGAAGGAAUUGUUCAGCCUUUUAUGAUCCAAGAUAUAAAUAUAGAUAAAGCAUUGCAGUUUCAGCCAGAAAUAUCAAUAACAGUUAUUGCAGAAUGCUCUCAUUUCGCUUCAAAUGCAAAUUUAAUACCUUUAUUAGCAGGAUUUCCAACAAUGUCAGUUUUAAUGCAAGGAAUUAUAGUCACCAAAAAUAAUGUUUUAGAAGUAAUUGAAAAAUUAAGAAAUGAACUUUCAAUUUUUCAAGAUGCCGUUGCCACUUUCCGUCAAGGUCUUCUUCAGAAAAAAUUUCCAGUAGCUUAUGUCAUGGAUGUAACAGGAUCAAGUGGAGCCAAUUUAUCAUAUAGUCUGAAUGCUGGUUUAUUUGCACUCAAAUUACUUCAAAAUGAAGGCAUGCCUUCUUUAUUAGUUAUCACUGAUGGGGUAGUCAAAUCUAAUUUGGCACAUAUGUCAGUUGGUGAUGAUGUUAUUCAACAACUCUGUAAAGAAGGUGUAAGAUGUAAUAUUAUUCAAGUUGGUUCAAAUCAAAAUUUUAAUCCUGGAUGUAAUUUUGGAUUAAUUCCUGAUAAUGAAGUUUUAAAAUUUGUUUCAACUGCAACCUCGGGUGUUUUUUUUUAUUCUUGCGAAUGUCCAAAUAUUUCUUCGGGUGUUAGGUCGUUAAAUGAUAAUGAUGUUGAAUGGCAUUCACUCAAUUUCUAUCAUAGGCAUUUGCUCAUGAAAGAAACACGUUACAUGAGAAGAAAAAAUCACCAUCAAAGAUACCCAAAUAAUUCUGUCAGUUCAAUCGAUAGCUCAAUUAUUGAUGUUACACGUCAACAUUACGGCGAUAGUAUUAGAGGUUCUAAUUUUAAUUUUCCUUGGGAUCCUAAAAGUCUUCCGCCAACAGCUGAUACAAUGUCAACACGUUAUCGAGAAUAUUCUUUGUUGGUAGAUGUCCAACAAUUGAUAUUUGCAAGAAUACGUCAAGGAUUUAGCAUUGAUGAUGUGUUUCUAUUUACCAGUAAAAAUUAUAAUAAGGCUGAAAGAAUACAUAUUUCGAUGUCAAGACUAUGGUUGCCAAAUGUUACAGUUCAGUAUAAAAUCAGAGCAUUAUGGAUUAGUGAAACAAAAGGAUUAUUGCGUCUUAAGUCACCGAGAAUUGAAAUAAAUGUAAUUUCAGACACUUUAUUAGCAAUUUAUCUUCUUAAUUUUCAAACAGCUCAACAAAAUAAUGAUCCAAGUCAUCCAUUGUUUACAAAAUUUAUGAAAUUACUCAAAUUUUUAACAACAAUUUACGAAACUGACGAACUUUUAAAGAAAUAUUUUUAUCAUAAACUACCAAAAGAAACCAGUAAAUUUCAAUAUCAACAUCCCAGUUUAAUUAAUGGAAAUUUCAACAAAAUUUUAAAACAGUUGUGGGAUUUUUUGGAACAGAGUCCACAGAGGUUAAACACUAAUUUUUGGUACGAGGACACUAAAUUUGAUUUUCUUAUAUCUUUAAAUUUAUCAUUUUCUUCCUCACCAAUAGCUACAACUAUCAGAAAGAUAAGCAAAUUAAAUAAAUCAUCUUCGAUAGAUCAAAGGAAUAAGGAUUCUUUAACUGCUAAUAUUAAAAAACAUUUAACAGAUUCUUGGGCAACCUUUACGUUUUCUGAUAAUAUUUUUGUAAAAGUAUUAAAUGCUAUGGAAGAUAGCAAUAAAUUAUCGCCAUUAAGUUUUUGUGAGUUGAGAAUCAAUAAUGAAGCAGGAAAUCUUUAUUCUGGAAAUCUUUCACCUUUAUCUUCAUUUCUUAUAAAAAAUUUCGAUAGAGAUAUGUCAACAAAUGCUCGUCAAUUAACUGGAAAAAACAAUAUUUUGAGAUCAUAUUUAAAUCAUUGGAAAGGUAUUUGGUUGUCAGAUAUUGAACGUGAGGUUUUCUUGGUCGAAUAUAGAAACAUUCCAAUUCAGGAUUUAGCAUAUCAACAUUUGUGUCAAGCACGUCUCGAUGAAGGCUAUUUGAUGGUUUUCCAACGCAAAAACCUUAGUCUAUUUUAUCGAGAAAUAAAUUUUCAUAAUAAAGAAAAUUCAAAUAAUCAAAAUAAUUUAUGUGGCGUACAGUAUCUUAUUUUUAAAGAUUCUUGUAAUGGUGAAAUUAUUACUGAAAUAUGGAUGGAACAACCAACUUCACACAAUAUUUAUGAAUCUUUUAUUAAUUGUCUUUCUGGCUCAGAUCGUCAAAUAUUAUCACACAUAGUCACCUUUGAUCAAAUAAAUUACAUAGCAAGGAGUUGUACACAGCAAAGAGCAAAUUCUGGUGAUCUAUCACCACCCAAACCACUAAGACUUCCUGAUUUAUUCAAUCUUUCUGCUCUACUUCGAUCAAGUGGAAUGCUAAUUUCCAAUUAUACUAUUCCUUCGUUCAAAUCACCUCAUAGCAACAUCAUCAUGAAUCAAUUGCCUCAGAUAACUCGAGUUCAAUCAGAUCGACCAUCUUCAAUAAGUAGUGAUGACAGCACAUCAAGAUCAUCUUUUACCGAAUCAAAAUCCUCGAUUGUUUCUGAAUCUAGUAAUAAUAAUUUAUUAAGAAGAUCUAGUACAUCCGCUAAUACAAUUAAUUAUGGAAUUAGUAAUAGAAAUUUACCUUUAGAAUUUGUUUCUUCUUCUCAACGGAAACUUUCUUUAUCUUUGUCAAAUGAUAUCACAUAUUUUAUCGAUCGAGAUUCAAUCACAAAUUUAAACCCUUUUGAUAGAGAUUUAGCUUUGUUACAUUUGUUUGUUGAAAAGACGUUGAGUAAACAUAUAGAUGGUGAAAUUGAGACUAAUUAUUGUGGCACUAAAGAUUCUAUUAUCAAAGAAAUUAACAAUGGAUUAUUGAGAUCCGAUAGUAUGAAGGAUUCUUUAACAACAUUGUCAUUUAUUAGAAAUUUAAGAGAGACAAGAUGUUUUAUAAAAAUUGUUGACCCAAGUUCUUUCCUACUUUUGCUGAUUCCUUCUUUCAAAUUUUUUAUAGAUGAUUUGGUACGAAGUCGUGGAUUUUACAAUGAAGAUCAAACUUGUUAUUUAGGUUUAAUCAUUUUCUUGUGUAAAAGACCAAAACCACUUGAUGGAAUUAACUCAUUAAAUAAAGAUCUCGAUCUCUUAAAAGAAUCACCAACAUCUUGUACUUCACCAGCUUUUAAAAUUGUUAAUCUGUCUAAUUCAACAACAGCAUCUAAUUCAAUGAAAAAUUUAUUAGAACCAAAAUUUCUAAGCUGUGAUUUCCCUAAAGGACCUAAAAAUUUAUCUGAUGAUAUUCCCGACCAGACAGCUCGUUUAAUAUCGAAUAUUAAUCAACUUUAUUCUCAUGGAUUUGUGAAAUCAAUAUAUGCCAGUGUUCUACAAAAGCAUUGUAUUACUGAGAUUGAUUUUAGAAAAGUAAUGGAUGUAUGUUUGGAGAAACCGUUUGAUAUUGAUAUCACUGGAUAUGUGAAUGUUCAUGUACAAUCUUCAAGAAAGGGUUUAACCAGUGAUGAUGAUAAUGAUGUAUAUCAGAAAUUUGUUGCAGUGCUAGGCCAUUAUUUCGAGCCAGUUUCUUUUGAUGGAGAUGGAUUGUUUAAUGUUUAUUAUUAUCGACCACUUUUCAAAAAAUCAAAUAAUUCAACUAGCAUUGAGACAACAAAUAAUAAUAGUAGUAUCAUUGGAGAUAUUGCCGAAAACUUUCUGGAAAUUUUUAAUUUUGCUGAAAAUCCUUUUUUUUUACGAUUAGAAUGCACUUUCAAAAAACAAAGUCCAGUAUUCGACACUUUAGUUCCAUCAACCCAGAAUAACUUCGAAUUAAAAGAAACAAAUCAUAUUAAAUUUCCAGUUCGUAGUUUACCAACAACCUAUUCUUGCACGAUCAAUGAUAAAUAUUAUGAUUUUUCACCUGAAUCAAUCGGUACACAAUCAUCUCCGGUUGAAUCAUCUGAUGGUACCACUGCUACAUUACAUCUUAUUUGCAUGACUUUACCAACUGUUGAAGAUGAUAUGAUUGACAUUUCACCGGGUUUUGUUGACAUCAAAUAUGAUGAUUGUGAAGAAGAGAACCGGAAAUCAGAAACGGAUUAUUUAACCGGUAAAAAACUGGAAGCAUUACAUAAAACUAGAGAUCGUAUUGAUUGGUUAUUGAAAGAAGAAAUAAUGCAUGGUCUAUUGAAUUCUCAGCCGGUUGAUAGGCCUGUUCUUAGAUUUAUUCAAGAUCAAUUGAAAGCAAAAAAUCCAUUUGUUGAUUUUCCUACUAGUUUCACUGUUCCUUUAUCAUUCGUUAAAAGAAAACAAGGCCAAGAACAUUUUCUAAAAGAGUUCAGUAAAGCAGAAAUGUCACCUUUCUCGCUUAAUCAAGUUGAAGAUUGUAUUAGUCUUGAUAACCCUAUUGUUCCAGACGACUCAAAAAAUUUCCGCAAACAAUUAUUUUGGCUUUUACUUGACACUCAAGAAACAAGUAUACAGAUGUAUUUCUAUUCCAAAGCAGUUUCAGCAAUUGAACGCUCAAACAUCAUCAAACAUGUUCGUAACUGUAUAAUUCAGGCAUCUGAACGUGUAAACAGAUUAGUUUUAUUAAAUGAUUUGAAUGAAACGCGUCAUUGCAGCAAAUAUUUAGUGCCUCCAGAUGGAUCAUCUGACUCGGAGUCUUCUUCGGAAGACGGUGAUUUGUCAACAACAGGAGAUUUGGUAGAUGCAUUAUCUAUGACACCUAAUGAUGGAAAUUUGAAUGUUUCAAUGAAAUUUAAGCCUGGACAAUUCGAGUGCCCGUUGGUUUACGAGCAAAAAUUCCCAUUACACUGGAGAUUGAGACCACACCAAGCAUUGAACAGUGUCACAUCAUUAAUCCUUCAUCAAUUGGUUGUUAAUAAUCGUAAACAUAUGUUUGUGAUACCAAAAGAAAAGAACAUAUUUUAUAUCAAAGUGUCUGAAGUUGAUGGACAUCCUAUAUAUGAAAAUGAUGAUGACGUUAUAUCCAAAAACCAUGUUGCUCCUUCACCUUUGAUACAAACUGCUACUUCACAAUCUCAGCAACAGCCACCUACUGCAGAUUUACAAUCUACAAUUUCUAACGAAGAAAUUAAAAGUCCUCCUUCAAGUAGGAGCGAUAGUCCAAAAAUCACUUCUUCACCAAAUUCUCGCAAAAGUGCAAACAUCUCCACUGCUACCAAUGUUGCUGCUACACCACAAUCAAAACUCACAGAAUCUCGUGAAUUAGUUGUUAAAGUUUUUGGGCUUGAACCUCCAGGCAAAGAAACCAUAGAUGAACUUAUGUUACUAUUAGAAAAUAAAUUGACCACCAAUAUCACACUUAAUGUAAUGUCAACUCACUUGGCUCGUAAUCCAUACAAGAUUAAUCUAACUCGCGCGGAUGUUGAUUUUAUUUUACCGUUAUUAAAAAGUCCAAAACGUUUGACUUUAAGAAUUCCAUCAUCUAUUAAAAAUCCUUAUGCAUUUUUAGUGUUUUACAAACAAAACAUUCAAACCUAUCUCAACGUUUUGAAUGGGCAAGAGGUAAUUAAUGCAGUUAGAAGAUAUCAUCAAUCUAGAUAUGGUAUAGCAAGCUCACACGAUUCAUAUGUUGAUAAUGGAAGAAAAUAUCCACUUUGUGACAUUCAACUUCAGGAAUUCACUUUUUUCUACAAUUAUAACAGUCAAUCAAGAUCACCUUCAAUUUUUGAAGCGUCUGUUGGUCAAGGAAUUGCUGGUAUUUGUCUUACCUUAUUAGAUAAAAAUAGCCGGCCGGUUUUUGAAUUACCGUUACCUAGUCGAAACGAUCUUGAUGAUGUAAACAUUAAUGAAAUGUAUGAAUAUUAUGAAAAUGAAGAUAACUUUGUAAUUUCAGAAUCUGACGAAUUUUAUGACGAUAAUAAAAGAAUUAGAAAAGGCUAUGAAUUGUCAGUUGAUAUGUGGGCACAAGGUCCAAUGAAUUCAGAUAUUUUAUUGGACAGAAUGACUAAAAGUUUUCAACAGUGUAUAUGUGACUUUUUCAUCGAAGUAUCAAUAACAAAAGGCUUAGGUCGCGUCCAUUAUAGCAACGAAACCAUUCAACAACGACAAAAGGAAGCUGAAAGUGUUGAAAAUAUUCCAAAAAAACCUCCAAAAUUUGUUGAUUCACAUGUUCAACGUGUUUUUAUUGAUCCAACAAUGGAACUAUUGUCAAAAGCAGCAAAUCUAUCAAAUCCAGCAUUACACUCAUUAAAUUUAAAGUUAGAAAUGCCUGCAUGGAUGAUUGAUGAUUUUAUGAAAGAAGUCCAUGAACUUUUAUCGGAAGUGAACCCCGUAUUUAUUCCAAUAAUUUUGCGAAUUUUUCCAAAACUAUCAGUAAGAGCUGAAAACUUUAAUGUAGCAUAUGAGAUUUAUCGUCCUUACUCAUCAACUCCUGACGCAGAAAUGACAUCUUCAACUAAAUGUAAAUAUUUAAUAAUUGCUGGGCUGAAAGAGAUGAAUGUAAAGUAUGGAAUGGCAGUUGAAGAUCGAAGAAAUGAUAGUAGUAAAGGUCUGUUACAUUCUCGUGAAAAUUCAGUAGAAGACUUCUCAUCAAAUGAAAAAGGUGGUGGUGGAGUUAAUGGUAGUCACAUUCACUCUCGUAAAAAUUCAUUCAUUAAUCCUCCGAUUCAUCAACGAAGUUUAUUAGAAGAUAUUAUGAUGUAUAAGAUCCCACCAUCUUCACUGCCUGGAGAACCUAAUAACCGACAAAAGGUUGAUUUGUUUCGAUCUUGUUUUUUAGUAAUGUCAUUUGAUGGAUUUGAAAUGACUAUUUAUAUUUACAAUUGGGAGAAACAAUAUGCUGAACAAAUCUUUGGAGCUAUGAAAAGCAUUUCUGACUGGCAUAAUAAACGAAUUGGAUUGCUAAAUAAUAUCCUACAUCAAAAAAUGGGGUUAUUUUAUCAUGUUGAUAGUCCUCAACCAAAACCAACUCCUCAAACUUCCACAUUGGUACAUAAUCCAAUCAAUACACCUAGAGCUAUGCAACCUCCAAUACCUGGGCCCCAAAGAGCGUCAUCUCAAGCUGAAAGCACAUUGAAUAAUCAAAAAUCCGGAUAUCAGGAUUUGCUGCAUAUCGAUUCAAUGGUAUAUCAACGUUUCCCGCAAAGACAUCAUAACAAUGAAGAAAACAAAAGAGUUGGUGAUACAAAGAAUGAAGAAUCAAAAAAAAAGGAAAUCGAGGCUAACCAAUCCGCUUUAACUAACUUCAAUGUAAAAAAAGUUCUUAAGGAUUCGUUUAUCGAACCAAUAGAAGAAUUUAAUUCCAUUUUUAAAAGCCAAGAUGCGCUGAAGAGACAUGGUCCCUCGUUUAUAGACACCUGUAUUCGACAAGCCAAAAUAUUACAAGACCACGAAAAUGCUCUUAAAGUGUAUAAUAAAUGGGUAAAGAGAUAUCAAGAACAUAAUAAUGAUAAAAGAAUAGAUGUAAGAGAUGCAAUUGCCAAAUCUGAUUUAUCUAUCGUAUUUCGUACUUCCAGGCUGUUACAUUUUUGUAGAACACCACUUUUAUUUAAUGCCAAAAAGAUAGUUAAUAAGUUUUUAGAAGAGUACUCUUCAUAUCUUGAGACUAUUGGAAUGCAUGUAGUUAUUGAUGGUAAACCAGGGUUGAAUAUAAUUGACGAUGGUAGCAGCAGUAAUAAUAAUAACGAAAAUCCAACAGGAACAGCUACAACAGCAACGCUUGAUCAUAACAAAGAAUUUUAUGAAGGUUCUCCUGUAUUUUUACUUAAAGCACUUCAAGGUGGUUCUAUUAUGUGUGAAGUGGGGAUACAAAAUGAAUUUGUCUGUGUCACAUUGUAUACAAUGAAUAGGCGAUAUGGAAAACUUCGAAUGGCAGCACCGGGAUUUAUUGCUGCUAAUGGUGAUAGACAUAGUUUGAAAGUGUUUACUGAGGAGUGUGGUAGAUUCAAAAAGAUGAUUCAUGUCAACUCAUUUGUAUAUGAUUUUCAUUUACGUUAUAUCAAGCAUAUUUUAGAGGAACAAAUGGACAUUUCACCACCCUUUAAUGUUUUGGAAAUUAUUAAACAGUUUAUUAACCGGCAUAGUUGUCCAGCAUAUUGCGCACGUAAUCGGAUUUAUUAUGGCAUUUUUGAGAAAGAAACCGAAUCAAUUCCUGAUGACUUAUUUACUUAUAUAAUUAAGACUCCUCAACGAUACAAUUUUCGAUCAACCUGCUUCAAAGGAGAACCAAUUGCAUGCUUCGCUACAUUUAGCAAUUAUAACUUUACUGCAGAUAACUCGGAAUCUGUUUGUCAUUUAAUGAAUGAAAAUGCAAAAACAUCAACAGACUCGUCUUUUUUUGAUCAUGAUGCAAAAAUUCAAUAUACAUUAAUUUUUAGUUCUACAAAUAAAAAUAAUCCGGGUAAAAUAAGUAUAGAGUAUUAUGUUAUUUUUAUCGAUGAUUCUGACGAGACAAUAGAGGCUUUUACUCUUAGCAGCAGUACCAAUUCUACUAUUAAUUUCUCUUCAAUUGCAAUGACAACUGUUAAUAGCACUUCUUCAAUUGGAACAACAACACCACCAGCUGGUGAUUUCAAGAUUCAUCAACAUAAUCGUCAAUCAUCUUAUCAUGAAAUUCCAUAUAAACAAACAGAAGUCAAUUCACAAACUAACGUAAAGCUUGAUAACAUAAUUAAUCAGGCCAUUAAGUUUUAUCACCGUGAUUCAUUGUGGAAUCAAUUAUGGAAUUGUGGUGGAAGUAUUAAUACUGGAGGGGGUAACAUAAGUGGUAAUAAUGGCGUUAAACCUAUUAGUACCUCGGAAUUCUUAAUUCUAACAAAACAAUGUAUUAGCCGUGAACUUAUCGCCAUUAAUCCCGAUUUUAAAGAUUUUCUUGAUCUAGAGCUUAAUUGGAAUGAAGUACUUGAUUUUCUUUUAUCACAUUAUUCUGGCCUUUCACGAGAAUUAUAUGAUAAUGAAGGUGUUAGACAUUUAGUUAUUUUUAAUCCACAUACUC